AUGAGAAGACCUCUAGCAAUUCUUUAUAGCUGUCAUAAUUUUUUUGUAACCCAGUUGUAGUUUUUUCCCACUCAUGAUGUGCUUUUUGAUUAUCCUAUGCAUAGUUUUUGCUUACAUAAUAUCCUCCAAAAGAAAAUUUUAAUACAGUUAAAUUCUCCAUCUACUUCAUAGCCUGUGAAAGAUUUUUUAAAGUCUUUUAGGGAAGAUAUCUAUUUUAAUACCUAAAAUUCAAAACUAUGCCUCUCCACUCUUUAGAGUGAAGUUCAAUAUAUGUAAAUAAUUAUUCAAACGUUUCCGAAGAUUUGUUGUUGCUUAAAUCAAAUUCAACUAUUCUCUAUCUUGUCAAAGGAUAAAUCAUUUCUAAAAAGGUUAAAUCAAACUAGAAAAUGGUAAUAGUAUUUAAACUAUCAUUUAAAUUAUAUUUUGUUUCCUCCAUUUUUUUAUUUUUAAUGCAAAAUAUUCUUCUUUAUUUAAGUAAAAAGAUUUAAAUGCUUCUUUAUUAACUAAUUUAUGUAGUAAUGCGAUUUAAGAUGA